AUGAUAUCGAACAUGGUUCAAGGUCAUUUCAUGGAUCGUGUCAAGGAUAUUACCCCAUCGGAACUGUUCGACAAAGUCGCCUCUGUAUGCGAACAGAAAUCGGGUGAAGCAGACCUUAAAAAGUGCCAAAAAGUAACCAAAGAGAAUAUGAAGUUAAUUCAUUCGCACUUGCAAAUCGGCGAAAAAGCGCAUGUUACGUGUCAACAACUGAAAAUGUGUUAA